AUGAGGGGUGCUGAAGCGAUGGUCAGUAGAAAAAGUGGGCACGCGUUAGCUCCCUCCCCCCGCGCCCUGCAGCUCUCCCCUAACUACCACACCAGGUACGGACCCGUACCCGGCGCAGGUGAUAUAACGCGUGCGCGUGCGCCGCCGGCUCACUUGUGCGUGAAGCUCCAUCGCCGCCGCUCGCUCUCGCACGCCGCCGAAAGCUCUAGCGAAGCCUCCCUCUAUCGCGCCAGUGCUUUUCCGCCCACCGAGCGGACCGGUCGUGCGCGCAGAUCGCCCGCGGCCGCGCGUCGUGCACGCAACAUGCUGCAAGAAAUCCAACUAGUCCAGGGCCAGGCCAACUACGUGGUGGUCUCGUCCGGCUACCCUUCGGCCACUGUCACCAAGGCGCCCACCGAAAAGCGGAUGGUGCCCAUCGCCCCGGCGCCCGAGAAAAACUACGUGACGCACGACACGCCACCGAGUCUGCAGUACCGCAAGAAAGUGCACUUCAGGACUAACCCCUACACGGGGCCGCAGGCCGCAUCGAUAGCGAGACGCAACGCCCGCGAGCGCAAUCGUGUGAAACAAGUAAACGACGGCUUCAACGCGUUGCGACGUCACCUGCCCGCGUCCGUCGUCGCCGCCCUGUCGGGUGGCGCCAGAAGAGGCUCCGGGAAGAAGCUGAGCAAAGUAGACACCCUUAGAAUGGUGGUUGAAUACAUAAGGUACCUCCAACAGCUGCUGGAGGAGAGCGAUGCCGCUCUAGGCAUUACACGCGAUCAGGAAAACAGGGAGAACAUUCCCAGCAGUAACAGCCAGACUGCGACCUCGAUGGACAUGGACGACGGGUUUUUCUACGGCAACGAUUCGCCGUGCUCCGAAAAAGCGGACUCCCCCGCCCCCUCUGAAUGUUCAUCGGGUGUGUCAUCGGCGUACUCGGCAGUGGACCGAUACGAGGUAUCGACCCAACAGCAGCUUGGACCCAUGGACGAGGACGAGCUAUUAGACGUCAUCUCCUGGUGGCAGCAGAAA